UGAUUCGCCUGUUGCCGUUUGUCUCUAUCCAUUCAUCCGUCGCUAUUUCUACAUGACAGCAGCGGAAUUUGGACGGCGGAGCUAUCUCUCGUGAUAAUGAUGGUCGUCGUUUACCAUCGUCAUCUACUAUCGCUCGACCUUAUCCUUGCGCAGUUUGUAUGGUGGCUCACUGGUGCUGCUGAUAGGUGACUACGGCCUCAGACACCUCCAGCGCUCUCUGUGUCGUCUAGUCAUUGAUAGUAUUGCAUAGGGCUGUCGAGGCCGUUGUUGUCAUCUGUACCGUCCAUUCCUUCAUGCACAGCGUAGAAAACAACAGUGGCCAAAGUAGCGGCAGCGCUGGAGCAGAUCAGCCGCCGCCGCCGCCGCAGCAGCAGCAGCAGUAGAAUAAGUAUUGGCAGGAGGCAACAGUCAGACAGCCAGAGGGAUCGAGCUAGUGGUGGUAAAAAGCCGAUGAAUGGUGUGUCUAGCAUAGUCAAUCGCCGGGUAGCCGCGAUUGACAAGCGUUGUGCCCGGGUGUGAUCGAGAGUGACUGCUGUUUCAACCGCUGAUCAUUUGUCAUUUUUGACUGUUAACGAAUUUUGAGCGUCACCAUCUUGACAAGGACAGCCUCGCGUUGUACGAAAGGUAAACUGUUGAUAAGUUGUACGGUUUGUCCGUGAGUUAUCGACAAAUCGCUCGUUAUCAUUGUCGUCAUCGCAAAUAACAAAUGUGCGGUACAACAACAGAAGCCUUCUUGCAUAUGACUAUAAAUCGACUAACCCCAGCGGUACUUGCUUUCAAUCAGUUCCAAGACAACGAGCAAACUGAGUGACUUACUUGAUUUACUGAGUGGAAAACUUUUUGGCUGACUCUCUGACAGACUACUAAUCGGGUUUGUCUCGAUACCGUUUGUUCAUUCCGAGGGUCUUGCAUGUUUGCUAACGCAGUGUAGAGCUUGAUUCGACUGGUCGUGGAUAACGGACAAUAGAUGACCAUCGGCGUUCGGCGGUUCACAGAAGUGGCAGAGGCGAAUCAAACGAGGGAUUGUAGUGUCCUUCUCAUUUUGUCAAUGGCGACGGCAGCGGCGAAGGCGGCCAUAUCGCCAAUCGCAGCAGCGUAGUGUUGAUGUGCAAUCGCAUGUGUUCAAUGUAGGUGUGGUGGGCAUCAUCGUCUUUGCCUAAUAUUUCUACUACAGCUGCACUCUUUCCUUGUGCUAUGACGGUCGUCUAGUGAUCGCCGUGCUGGUUCAGUACCCGUAACCAUCACUACAAGAAUACCUAUUUCAAUUCUUACUGCAGUAACGGCAAUUUUCAUAGGCAAAUUACGUCAAUGUAACGACCUCGGUUAUCGUAAUAACUGUUUACUGUGACCCCCCUCCCCCCCCGCAAUACACCCAGUGACGCACUGAACGUCAAUGAUUUGGGCAAACGUUUUCUAACGACAAAGGUUAAUCUGCGGCUGUGCGUACUCGAGGAGGCGUUCACGUUACCGUGAGGUCGUCGACAGAGAGCUAAAGUUAGGCAGUCUGUCCUGUACUUUUUUUCCUGUCAGUCGUUUCUUGUUUCUUAAUUUGUACAGACAGUGGGUGUCAGUCGUCACUACAACGCCAUCAGUACUCAUUCGAAGUGGAACGUGAUCUGGCAAGGGAUUGAUGUGACCGUGUGCAAGUCUCCCAGCAUUCGACAACGGUGACGACUGAGUGCGUAUCCAUUCGCAUUGUGUAUUCUAGAGACCCUUUAUGAUCAACCCGAAAUAUCCCACCCAGGGUCAGAUUAUUACACCGUAGAGGAGAAAAAGGGAGCUAACGGAAUUGGAACAACUAUAUGAGAGGCCAUAAUAAUAAUAAUAACUGAUUCCCUCUUAAAGAGAGUACAUAAGUACUCUAUUAUGUAUAGUUCUACCCCUAGGUGCAUUUUUGCCUUUCAUUACAGUAGGGAGUGAGCCGACGUUUUGAAAGCCCCGAAAUGCGAGUGAGUUAGUAGGCCAUUAUUAGCUGCAGAAACGCCAGCCAGCAAUAGGCCGUCGAGAAGACGUCAAAAAAACAGGCCUAGAAGACACAAGUGCGGUUGUAAGUGGAAUAUUUCGAAGCGAUAAUUGUGACGUUAACUAACUCGUGUGAAUUAUUUGAAGCGGAGGCAGACGCAAGGCAAAAGUGCGCGGAACGGAUUUACCCUUAUUAUAGUUCGAACAGAGUCUUGAGCCCUAUUAAGGUGGAAGACGAGGUUCGUCACGAAUUGAAUUAGCUUAGCGUUUAGUAUAAAGCACCCACCUAACCAUUAUCACUAACACGUAACAGCAGAAGCACAUAAACAGCGGCACCAUGAACAGGCCAUCAGGGCAGAGCCUCAACGACCGGCUGACGGCAGCCCGGUAUACAAUCGCUGGUCAAGGAUUGGCCAGGGUGGUUGCAAAGGCCACCACCGAGGAGCUAAUGGCACCGAAGAAAAAACAUCUUGACUAUUUACUUCACUGCACAAAUGAGCCAAACGUAUCUAUUCCUCAAUUGGCUAAUCUACUCAUAGAGCGGACUAUGAACGGUUCGUGGAUCGUCGUUUUCAAAUCGCUUGUUACAGUUCACCAUCUGAUGUGUUAUGGAAGCGAGCGCUUCACGCAAUACUUAGCCUCUUCGAACUGCACCUUCAACCUGGCAUCCUUCAACGAUCGUCUCGGCACGCCACAGGGACCCGAGAUGGCGACGUUCAUACGUCGACACUCGAAGUAUUUAAAUGAAAAAGCGCUCUCCUAUCGAAUGGUAGCAUACGAUUUCUGCAAGGUGAAGCGUGGAAAAGAGCAGGGCACAAUGCGGACGAUACCAAUGGACAAACUCCUUAAGACGAUUCCGCCGCUCCAGGCGCAGCUCGAUGCUCUUCUCGAAUUUGAUGCUUCGCCCUCAGAUUUAUCGCACGGCGUUAUUACAGCGGCUUUUAUGCUCCUAUUUAAAGACUUGAUUCGACUAUUCGCAUGCUACAAUGACGCUAUUAUCAACAUUCUCGAAAAGUAUUUCUCUCUUCAAAAGAAGCAAUGCCGGGAAGCUCUCGAAUGCUAUAAGAAGUUCCUCGUGCGCAUGGACCGCGUUGCUGAGUUCCUCAAGGUUGCAGAAAACAUAGGCAUAGAUAAAGGCGAUAUUCCAGACCUUACCAGGCAGAGUCAAGCAAGUGCAAAUAUUAACAUUUCAUGCCCACAUUUUGAUAAAAAAGGAAUAUCAAGUAAAAAUUGUUGUGCGAAUGUAAACCAAGAAUGGAGUUACCGAGAUCUAUUUUAUUCCGAGGCACCAUCAAGUCUGUUAGACGCCUUGGAACAGCAUCUCGCUACACUUGAGGGACGCAAAUAUGUCCCGUCAACGCCUCAACCGCCCAACGGCUCAGCUAACGGAUUUUCAAAUGCUGUGUCUGUGCUGGCUUCUACGUCGACAUCUUUCGGCAAUUCGGCGCACUCCCACGAUGAAUCUAUUAGACAGGCGAUUCUCGAGGAAGAGAAAGCUCUUAGCAAACUCAAGGAUCAGGAGCCGCCCCCGUCGGCGUCUGCUGCACUACUGCAAAAGAGAUCGGAGAUACAGCAGGCCAACCUGCGACCUUUCGAGCUGCAUCGUCAAGUACACGAUACUGAUAAUAACGACGGUGGUGAAGGUGAAGUCGGAUUUGGAUUUGACGAUAACGGUUUAAACACGAACCGAAAAGCUGUGAACGAUUUGUUCACUCCAUUGGACGCUAUCCCGGCUAUUCAGAAACAUUUGGCUGGAGGUGGAGGGGCCGCGGCUACCUCGGAGACGUCGAAUCCAUUUUUGGCUGGAGAAUCUGCCAAGAAGACUGACGACAUUAUGGAUUUGUUCUCUGCGCCGCCUGUUACAGGCCAACAGCAAUCACCGUCAGUGCCGCCGGCACCUAACAAGGCGUCAGAUGAUUUGUUGAAUUUGAACCCAUUCGCUGAUACGGGACUGUUUUCGGUGCCAGCCGGGGUAGCCCCCGGAGCCGCCCCCGUCGCUCAGGUUGCAAGCGACCUCUUCGGAGCGCCUGCGCCCUCGCAGCCGCCGGUACCACAGUGUGCGGUUGUGUUUCGCUAUGCAGCCUUCAAUAAUUCGAAAUCUACCGAUUCGAUCAUCACCGGAGACCUUGACUCGACUCUGGCAAAUUUAGCAUCAAAUCUCGAUAUCAGCCCAGCGCACAGAUACCGCACGCCAAGCAAGCAACAGGCGACCACGUUGUCACAAAUGUCGUCUGCUAAGCAAAUGACGGCUGGAGCCGGUAUAGGCUGGAAUCCCGACUUUUCGUCGUCGGGCGGAAAUCAAGCGGCUAUUGCCCCCGGUGGAGCGGCUACAAAUACUAGCGACAUGAUCUUCUCAGAUCUCUUCUCUACAACACCGAGUCAGGCUCCUGCAGCAACGGCCCCUCUUAAGCAUCCCGCCGGCUUCGAUCCGUUCGGUCACCUGUAAGUAGGUUUCUGCGCUCGUUGUAAGAAGAUUUUAGAAAUUAAUCGUACAACAGUUGACUUCUGGAUGUCUCUUGGUGCGUGACGCCCACCCUAACAAAUCUUCCCACUCACGAACAUGAACUACAAUCAAGCAAUCACUUGUUGUCGCUGUAACCUAUGAAAGCCCACCUUGAAAAAUCUACACCGGUAGCGAUGAGUGGAAUGUGGGAUGAUGUACGAGAACUGACCAGUCCUUUGCAUCGGUUAGCAGACGUCAAUGGGUGGUACCAUGGUCACUGGGUCUCCUCGAAAGGUGACGUAGGCAUUAAUAAAGUCUACAGCACCAGCGUUGAUGACCCCGACGAUUGCUGCAUCCAGCAUCGUUGGGCCGGUUUCUUUUCCUGAAUCGUUCUGUACCACUCAUAUUCCAACUACGGUUGUGGAAAAAUACGAAAUCCGCCGGAGAAAUGGUGAUCUGUGGACGACUGAAAUUUUCUUGUUAAAUUAUUUAGUAUAAGAGGCAUACAUUUAGUUAGAAACAACGAAAAAUAUAGUAUCUAAAAUAUUCCCAGACUCCUUCUCAGACGUACGAGCGUCCUAGGGUAUGACGGUGUCGACAAACAGUCGGCACCGAUCGGCUAGUUGUUUGUGGCGGAGCUGUUGAGUCGCAAAAAUGUAGGGUUUAUAUACUAGAAAUAACUAAUCAUUUUGCGAGUUUAAAAGAAACACCAAUUGCUAAUGACGACUUGAUAUUAGAACUCGGAUGGUGUUUAAGGCUCGUGAUAUCAUCUAGCAAAGACAUUUCGCAAUGGCGCAGGAAUCUUAUUUUGCCUCUUUGCCUGCCAUAACAAAAACCAAUAGUAUAUCUAGGUCAGUCCCGAAAAAUCACUUUAUUGUUGGCAUUUGACAUUAGCCACGCAAACGUAUCCUGCCUAAUUCAUUUUUAUCGAUUGGACAGACAGGUGGUCGAAUCGCUUCGCGGCGACUGGUCUGUCUAAAACUAUGGAAGUUAUUCAGAUAGGACAGCGUGAACGGCAACUUUGCCUCGAGUAUUAUUGUUCAGUGCAGAACAGUUACGGCGACUCGGUCGACGUGGUAGUUACAACUUGGUCACAUCAUAGUUAGCAUCCAAUAAAAUAUGAUUACCUUAACGAGUUCUUUAACAGUUGCAUAUUGUUAUUAAAUAUAAGUAAAGUACGUUUUGCCACCGUAGACCACCGUAGAUUUCUUUCAACGAAUGCGCCAGUGAUAUGUUCACGUUGUGGACUGCCAGCUGGUUUUUCGGCAAAUUCGGAUCAAAAUUAUGAGCGAUUUACGUCGUCAACCCUAUGAAAAGAUAUGUAUACUCGUUACUAUAUAGUAACAAAUUUUGUUAGUUCGUUUGCAAUUAAUAAACGAUACUAGUAUAUAGAUUUUCUUAGCCGAAAGCAUUACUAUUAUAAUAAUAAUAAUAAUAAAAAUUAUUAUUAUUACUGCAUCUGGUAAUGGCUGAAACAAAUAUAGAAAUCAACACUUGAGUUGUAAUUAUAUUGAGUUGUUGUAUAGCGAUGAAGUAAUUGAAUCUAUUAAUUAUUCGGUUAGUGUUUAUACUAGCAGUAACAUUAUUUUUGUUAUGUUAAUGAUAAUUAUUGAAGAUAGAGCGAGACCGAUAAUCUUGUCAACGAGUGAAAUUACUGGUCCAAUUGGUUAAGCCCACAAAUAAAACAACUAAUUAACGGCGCAGGCUUUGUUAACUCGUGUGAAACAUGCGGGAAGCGAAUGCCCCGUGAGCAAAGUGACACCAUUUUUUUCCCUAUUAUUAUUUUAUAUCUAUUUUUUAUAAAUAUAAGAGCAUGUGUGUAAACUGUAUAUGAGUCAACUAUAUUUAAGCAAAACUCAAGUCUGAUACAGUUUUAUAUUAUUCAAAUCUGUUAGUAUUUUGUGGUGUAACAAUAUCGAGUAAUCUGGUUUCUUUAAAAUCUCUUAGUUGUCAGGUUUUUAAGUUGACCUUAGAAUUGUUAUUAUGACAACAUUUACAAUAGCUUAAGUGUAUAUAGUGGGAACUAUCACUUUCGAUUUACCGAUUUAGUUCACCAUGUAUUCGUUCUUUAUGUGUUACCUCCAACGAAUCGGAUUGUGCGUUUCAGUUUGCCCAACAUGGCCAGCGCGAUAUGUUUAGGGUUUUUUUAGAUUAUAUCAGUUUGCAGUGUUUUGCAUCACUCUUGUGGUUUGGAUGACAAGGAUUCGUCCGCACUUUGCCAGUUCAUUUUCAGUCUCUGGGCCUCCUAGCGCAAAAUACGCAAUAUUUUCGAUUUAAAGUGGUAAAUCAAGAUAAAAAUGCCUAUUUUCGCCUCGGACUCCCUGGUCAUUACUGGCUUUUGUUUACUAUUAAAUAAUAGAAUCAAAAUAAAAAGGGGGUGAUUUUUGAUCCGCAAGAACCUUGUAUGCGAGCACCACUGCAGUAUAUGCUCAAAAACAAGACAAGACAUGAAACUUAAGUGCUGGCUUUUAACGGUA